AUGGAGAUAUCAGUCAGGCAGAUGUAUGACAUAGAGGAGAACGGCCACAAGAUGGGCUUUCUCAAAAAGUUCAUGAUGGAGAAUGCGGGCGCCGCCGCCGUGCGCAGACUGUGUGAGAGAGUGCCGGAUAUCGCCUCAAAGGAGGUGCUGAUCCUUUCUGGAAUGGGAAACAACGGCGGCGACGGCCUGGUGAUGGCAAGGCACCUGGCGGGGCACGGGGCCCGGGUCACGGUGAUACUGCUGGGCACCCACGACAGGAUAAGGACCGAGGAGAGCAGCUGGAACUGGUCCAUACUCAAAAAGAUGCCUUCGGUAAGGCUGAUGGAGGGAUGUGACUCCUACCCAAGACCGGACGUGAUGAUCGACGCCGUCUUGGGCACCGGGAUUGCAGGCGACAUAAGGGAGCCCUAUGCGUCGGCCAUCCGGCACAUCAAUGGCACCGAAUGCUUUACGAUGGCAGUCGAUGUGCCAUCGGGCCUGAACCCAGAGACCGGCCUGGCGGCGACCCCGUCCGUCCGGGCCGACGUCACCGUCACCUUUCACAAGAUGAAGCGGGGAAUCCCACAGAGACCUGAUCUGACAGGACGCGUGUACGUGGAAAAGAUCGGGAUACCGCCCGAGGCCGAGGAGGGAGUCCUGUGA